AAAAACAUCAAGCUAGAGAAGCAAUUUCUACAAGCUCGUCCUUACUGGAACAGCAUGUUUGGUCACUUCCUCUGCCCCCAUUCAUAACAACAGUACCGUAUAAGGAUUCCUCCAGCCAUGUCUUCGCCAGCGUCUACCCCGAGCCGUCGCGGCAGUAAACGCCACCGAGCCGGAGGCGGUCCAGGCAGCACGAAUCCCCCUACGCCUGCCUCUGAAGAUGUUCAGUCCCCACCAUCACAGCGACGUCACCCAGAUGACUCCACAUCUACUGGAGACUUACAACCAAUGCCAACUUCUCCACCAAAUGAUACACAAAGCCCAAAUGUUCAAGACACUCUGUUUUCCAGCCCACCACAGUUUCCACAUUCAGUUCCACUGGACUUGGAUAUUAGUUCACCAUUGACUUAUGGCACUCCCAGUUCUCGAGUAGAAGGAACCCCAAGGAGUGGUGCACGAGGAACUCCAAUUCGACAGAGGGCUGAUCUUGGCUCUGUUCGCAAAGCUAGGCAGGUGGAUCUGCAUUCUGAUACGCCUCUAGGAGAGGAUGCCAUGGCAAGUGAACAGUCUCUUGGACAAAAACUUGUGAUUUGGGGAACAGAUGUCAAUGUGGCAUCAUGCAAAGAAAGGUUUCAGAGAUUUCUUCAGCGUUUCAUUGAUCCAACAGCUAAAGAAGAAGAAAACAUUGGCUUGGACCUUAAUGAACCUCUUUAUAUGCAGAGACUAGAGGAGAUAAACUUGGUUGGAGAACCAUUUCUGAACGUAAACUGUGGCCACUUAAAAUCAUUUGAUGAAAAUCUUUACAAACAGCUGAUGUGCUAUCCCCAGGAAGUUAUUCCAACAUUUGAUAUGGCUGCUAAUGAAAUUUUCUUUGAGCAUUACCCUGACUCAGUCUUAGAACAUCAAAUUCAAGUUAGACCAUACAAUGCAUUAAAGACAAGAAAUAUGAGGAGCCUUAACCCAGAAGAUAUUGACCAGCUUAUCACUAUAAAUGGCAUGGUAAUCAGAACCUCCCAGUUAAUUCCAGAAAUGCAGGAAGCUUUCUUCAAGUGCCAAGUCUGUGCUUUCACAGCAAGAGUAGAAAUUGAUCGUGGCAGAAUCGCUGAACCAUCAGCAUGCAAGAACUGUAACACCACACAUAGUAUGGCUUUGAUUCACAAUCGUUCUUUGUUCUCAGAUAAACAGAUGAUCAAACUGCAGGAGUCUCCAGAUGAUAUGCCAGCUGGUCAGACACCAUACACAAUUGUUCUCUUUGCUCACAAUGAUCUAGUGGAUAAGGUUCAGCCAGGUGACAGAGUUAAUGUUACAGGCAUCUACAGAGCAGUCCCUGUUCGUGUCAUUCCAAGAAUGAGCACUGUAAGAUCUGUCUACAAGACUCAUGUUGAUGUUAUUCAUUACUGCAAAACUGAUUCAAAACGUUUGCAUGGCAUUGAAGAUGGAGCAGAACAGAAAAUGUUUACAGAGGAGCAUGAGAAAAUGCUUCGAGAGCUUUCUAGAAAACCUGAUAUUUAUGAUAGGCUUUCCUCAGCAGUUGCUCCAAGUAUUUAUGAACAUGAAGAUAUUAAAAAGGGCAUUCUUCUUCAGCUCUUUGGAGGAUCAAGGAAAGAUUUCAGCCACACUGGCAGAGGUAAUUUUCGUGCUGAGAUCAACAUUCUACUCUGUGGAGAUCCUGGUACCAGCAAGUCACAGUUGCUUCAAUAUAUCUAUAACCUAAUUCCAAGAGGCCAGUAUACAUCUGGGAAAGGCUCUAGUGCUGUUGGUCUUACAGCAUAUGUGAUGAAGGAUCCUGAAACAAGACAGUUAGUAUUGCAGACUGGAGCCUUGGUCCUCAGUGAUAAUGGGAUUUGCUGUAUUGAUGAGUUUGAUAAAAUGAAUGAAAGUACAAGAUCAGUGCUUCAUGAAGUCAUGGAACAACAAACAUUGUCUAUUGCUAAGGCUGGAAUUAUUUGUCAACUAAAUGCUCGUACCUCCAUCCUGGCAGCUGCUAAUCCAAUAGAAUCCCAGUGGAAUCCAAAGAAAACUACUAUUGAAAACAUUCAACUUCCCCAUACGUUGUUAUCUAGGUUUGACCUUAUUUUCCUUAUGUUGGACCCACGAGAUGAAGCAUAUGACAGACGUUUGGCACAUCACUUGGUUGCACUAUACUAUCAAACUGAAGAGCAGGUUGAAGAAGAGUACAUGGAUAUGGCAGUAUUAAGAGAUUAUAUUGCUUAUGCUCGUAGUUACAUCAAUCCAAGACUGAGCGAAGAAGCAAGUCAAGCUCUUAUUGAGGCAUAUGUGGCUAUGAGGAAGAUUGGAAGUGGUAGAGGAAUGGUUUCUGCAUAUCCUCGACAGUUGGAAUCUUUGAUUCGUCUAGCAGAAGCUCAUGCUAAAGUGCGCUUUUCUGACAAGGUGGAAACAAUAGAUGUAGAAGAAGCAAAACGUCUUCAUCGCGAAGCUCUAAAACAGUCUGCUACUGAUCCAAGGACUGGAAUUGUGGAUAUAUCUAUUCUCACAACAGGAAUGAGUGCUACUGCCCGUAAACGCAAAGAAGAACUGGCUCAAGCUUUGAAGAAACUGAUUCAGUCUAAGGGCAAAACACCAGCUCUAAGAUACCAGCAACUUUUUGAUGAUCUUCGUGCACAAUCUGAAACGGCUAUUACUAAAGAAAUGUUUGAAGAAGCGCUUCAUGCACUAGCUGAUGACGACUUCUUGACUGUGACUGGGAAGACUGUUAGAUUACUCUAAAUGAACCCCUAUUUUUUACAAUAAGCUCAUUAUAAGGAUUCCUGAUAUAACUUGCUUUUGUAGAAAAUGCUUAUGUAAUUUAAAAAAAAGUUUUCUAUUUGAAAGCCAGAGGGCCAUAAAUGCCACCACUGAAAAUCAGUGUCUAAUUUUUCGCAUUUAAAGACCAUCUUUUAGGCACAACAGACUAUAAUGUUAUGCACACAUUUUUCUUUCAACAUGUUUUUAUUCUUUUAAAACCUCAAUAUGGAUUGUAAUAUCAAACUACUAUUAUGGAAUUUGCAUUCCUAUUUGGUUGUAGCAGUGCUUACACAUACUAGAUAUGGCCUGUGAAGAAUGUGUUUGCAACAAAAUAUAAUUGGUAAACUGGAUUUGAUCGUGCAUUUCAAAAAUGGAAUAAGAUGUAUUGGUUAGACUGAACAAUGUCAAUUGAUACUUUGUAUAAAGAAAGCAAACUGAGUUUUAGAUAAUGUUAAACUAUACUACAUAAACCAUGGUUUAAAGUUGUUUAUCCAUGCUCAUAUUUCAUCUGUUCAGCAUCUACCUCUUGAGGUAGACCAGUGGCUGGUAUCUUGAGUCCCUCAUAAGCCAUAGUUCAAACAUACUUGGCAAACCUUAGUUAGACUGCACAAGGUUUGUGCAAUUAAAGACAAAAUAAUCACACAGAACCUCAAUAAAUGAUAGACAUUGUGGUAUAAACUUUUGAUUUGUUUAUGCCAAGACUGGGUUCAUUGCUACACAACUGAAAGUAAGCUUUAUGUUAUGUCCUGGAAUAAUUAAUAGAUUGCACUGCUUAUCAUACUUGUCAUCCUAAUUCCUCAGCAGAAUAACAAAGCUAUCAUUGUACAAAGUAAAAUCACUGUGUCAGUAGUCCUUUUGUUUGCUGUCAUUAUUUCCACGAGGAGAUGGAGGCAGCCUUAACAUUUGACUCAAGUAAACUGUUCACCUCCUGGGCUUUUCAGGGAAGCAAUUACAGCAGUAGUUAUCAAUAAUAAGCAUUUGCUUGUUUUUAAAGAAGGAAUGCUAGGUAAAUGAUAUGUAAAAGGCAAAUAAAGAUCUGUUAAUUGUAUUAGUAAAACUUUUAUGACUACCACA